AGCUCUGCAGAUAACCAGGUGUGAAACUCUCUGAUUGAAGCUGGCCUCCAGGCAACAGAUGUGAUAGUUGCUGUUGUACCACCUUCUAUGCUGUACAGCUUCUUCCCUGCCUGAGCUGCUGUAUUCCAUUAUUAGGCUGGUGGUUGAAGCCCUGAGGCUAUUGGUUCUUGAGGACUUCAAUUUACCACCUGGUGAUGUUGAGUCUGGGGCAGCUUAGGAGUUUAUGGCCACAGUGAUAACCAUGGACCUGUCCCAAGUCAUCUUGGGCAUGACGCAUAACAGAGGUCACACGCUAUACCUGGUUCAGUCCCCCCAGAGAUUCAUGCAACUCCUACCCUUAUGAUAUUUAGCAAAUUAUUUAAAACCAGGUGGUUCUCCCAGGCUUUGGGGUAGGGUGGUUUUGGAGUCCCCUUUACUUAUGUUUGGUUACAGCUCAGUGUUUUGUCCUUCCAGUUGGCCACAAUUUCUUUUUUCCUUUUCUGUUUGUAAGCCACUCAGAGUUAUCAGGGAGUCAGAUGGCCUUGAAAUUGGAUUAAAGAAAAUAGAGGUGAUACUUCAACAUUUAAAAUUCUUCCCCAAAUGUAGCCUUUCCAUUCAUUUCUGUGUAUUUGAUCUUUUUCAGUUUCCACAAUGGAAAUCAGCAGCAGAAUUGAAUGUAUAUUUUUCAGUGAAUUCCAUCCAACACUGGGACCUAAAAUAACAUAUCAGGUACCAGAGGAUUUUAUUUCCCGAGAGCUGUUUGAUACAGUGCAGGUAUAUAUCAUCACCAAACCUGAACUCCAGAAUAAGCUUAUCACAGUCACAGCUAUGGAAAAAAAACUAAUUGGUUGCCCAGUGUGCAUUGAACAUAAGAAAUACACCCGGAAUGCCUUGCACUUCAACCUUGGCUUCGUUUGUGAUGCUAGAGCUAAGACCUGUGCACUGGAACCUAUUGUGAAGAAAUUGGCAGGUUACCUUACUACUCUGGAGCUUGAAAGUAGCUUCAUUUCCAAUGAUGAGAGCAAGCAAAAAUUGAUACCCAUCAUGACCAUCCUCCUUGAAGAACUGAAUGCUACUGGCAAAUGCACUCUGCCUAUUGAUGAAUCAAACACCAUUCACCUGAAAGUGAUUGAACAACGUCCAGAUCCCCCCAUUGUACAGGAAUAUGAUGUCCCUGUCUUCACCCAAGAUAAGGAUGACUUUCUAAAUUCUCAGUGGGACCUCACUACUCAGCAGAUCCUGCCAUAUAUUGAUGGGUUUCGGCAUGUUCAGAAAAUAUCUGCUGAAGCAGAUGUGGAACUCAAUUUGGUUCGAAUUGCUGUCCAAAACCUCUUGUACUAUGGUGUGGUCACUCUAGUUUCAAUACUCCAGUACUCAAAUGUAUAUUGCACCACUCCUAAAGUUCAGGAUCUGGUGGAUGAUAAAUGCCUGCAAGAUGAAUGUCUCUCAUAUGUCACAAAACCAGGACACAAGCGAGCCAGUUUGAGAGAUGUGUUUCAGCUGUAUUGUGGGCUGAGCCCUGGGACGACUGUUCGAGACCUCAUCUGCCGUUAUACCCUCCAACUCCAGAGAGUGGAUGAAAGAAAGCUCAUCCAGUUUGGUUUGAUGAAGGGCCUUAUUCGGCGACUCCAGAAAUACCCUGUAAAAAUAGCUCGGGAUGAAAGAAGUCAUCCAGCUCGACUGUACACUGGCUGCCAUAGCUAUGAUGAGAUUUGUUGUAAAACAGGAAUGAGCUAUCGGGAAUUGGAUGAAAGAUUAGAGAAUGAUCCCAAUAUAAUUGUUUGUUGGAAAUGAGACUCUUUGAGAAAUGGGAUGGUUAUUAUGCCCUGAUAACUUUUAAUCAGGCUGCAUGAGACAUUGUGGUGGCCCCAGGACUCUUCUGGCUCUUGAAAAGCAGCAUGGCUUGAACUGUGGUAGUCCCUGAAAAAGUGUGGUAAAUGGAUUGACCCUCUGCAUCCCUCGCAGAGAUGCAGAACAAGGCCUCUUCUACAGGGGGUUAACAGAUACACCAGUGUAUAAAGAAGCUUUGGAAAGCUAUGUUGUUGAGUAAUGGAUAACCCAUGGGUUGAAAAAUAGUUUGGGAAGAAUUGGAGUGGAAAAAUGUCUAGCAGGGAAUGCUGUACAGUAAAUCCUCCCCUUAAUCUGCUGCACCUCAGCUGAAGCUUCCAGCAUAGUAACUCCUCAGCAGACAGAAAAAUCUAUUCUGCUUAUUGCUAUCUCAUUCUUAUUUUUCCCCAUAACUAAUAAAUACAUCCUUCUCUAUCAUAAUAUACCUUCUUUUUUAACAAAAGGGAUCAGGAUGUUUCAUACGCACUUGAAAUCCUUUAAGAGUUUUGACAAAAAGUUGCAGAUUGUAAUAUCUGCUGUAAUAAAUCAUGGAUAAUCACACUAAUAAAAAGCAAGCACAUUCUUUUUCUUGGAUAAAAUACUGCAGUAAAAUUGUGGGAAUAAAGCUGCAACAUAGUUAUACUUAAUAUAAUUGGGCUGAGCCUAUUUACCUUGUAUACUUUCCAUAGAUUAUUGGUUGUGAGAAAGAAUAAUGGGCCUCUUGUAUUUCAUAAAGCUCAUGUAAAUCAGAAUCAUUUUUCCAUGGAAAUGUAAUGCAAAUACAGCAAUUGAAAGGGAAACUAAACAUAAUAAAAAUAAAAGAUUCUUACUGUGUAGAA